AUGCAAUUCGUUCGCAAUUUCCCCUUAUCAGCUUUCGCAAAACGCUUCACUUUCACAAAAACACCCCAACUUUGCGCGCGUACCGUAGUCGCCGAUGCGCAGUUUGGUCGCGAAAAGGGGCCGCCACGCAGUCGAUACUCAGUGCGAGGCGGCCCGGCGGCUCAUCGGUCGAAUUUUCCGCCCAGAAAAAUCACUCUGAUUGCUCGCCACUUUCGCGGCCAGCCAACAAUUUGCUUCUUUUCUGAAGUAACAACACUU